AGACAGAAGUAGGGGGAACAGCCCAGUUUUGGCCAGAAAUUAUUAAAAGAAAAUGUGUGCUGUUGAGAAAAAAAAGAGAAUCCAAAUACCAAGUCUAUGUGAUUAAGAAAGUGCAUUAAAAGCACUUAAGAUAGCAUGUACUGUUGCACAGAAUACUCUUGCAGAAAUGAUAAAAGAAAAUAUUGAUUCAUGUGUGGUAACAUCUUUACUUUUAGAAAGUUCAGAAAAACAUCACCACUCACCACUUUAUGAGCUGGAUUGUUUGCUUGGUUUUGUUUGCCUCUUGCGACAUUUUGUCCUGACUCAUUUCUGGGAACAAAUAGACUCAACAUUAUAAAAAACUAAGUUCACGUCCAGAACAGAGAGAGUUCUACUUUGCCUUUCAGGUAGGAUAAUGCAUUUAUGAUUUUUACAUUACAUUCAGUGAGUUCACCUCUAAAUACUUGAUCGUUUGUGCUUCAGUGCUGUUCUAUAUCAUUCCUCUCUGCAGUGUUUAAAGAUGAACUUGUGGCUGCUCCUGACUUUCACUGCACUGGCUGAAUGCCGUUUCCAAAAAAGAGGCGCCCACUCCUGCCCAGAUCUGUGCUCCUGCUCUUUUCCACCUUCAGGUGCAGAGGUGGUGUGCAGCCAAAGCUCCCUCACACAUUUCCCUAUAAACGGUUUAUCUCCCAACACCACUCGACUGUCCAUCCAAUCCACCAAUCUCAGCUCUGUUACAGCAACUCAUUUGACUGCUGUGCCCCUUUUAAACAACCUCCAGCUGUAUCACAACAACCUGUCAAGCCUUCCUUCAGAUCUACUAAAGGGUGUUCCUCACUUAAACACAUUGGAUCUCACAGGCAAUCAGCUGGUUCACCUGCCUCCAAACAUCUUCAGCCAUGUCUCGCUCCAUAGUCUGGUGCUGAAGAAUAAUAUGAUUGAAACAGUGGAUGCUGAGUGGUUUUCCCUCAACAGCAGCCUGACCUGGCUGGACUUGUCUGGGAAUCGUUUAACUGGUGUCCCAUCUGCUCUGUUUCUGAAGCUGCCCCAGCUCAAGAACCUAGACUUGAGUGAUAACAGUCUGCAAGAGCUACAGCCUGAUGCCCUGAAGAACAUGCACCACCUGGAGACACUGAACCUCGCAGGGAACAAAUUAAUCUCCCUGAAACCUACGACUUUCACCCACAACCCGAAACUAUCCCAACUAUUUCUGCAGGAGAAUCAACUUCAAGAUCUGCCGGCAACGCUCCUACACGGUCUCCAACACCUUGAACUUCUGCUGCUGAAUCAGAAUCAGUUGCAAUAUCUGCCCUCAGGUUUUCUGGAUGACAGGGAAUCCUCCUUUCGGGUGAUCUUAACAGGAAACCCCUGGGUGUGUGAUGAUAAGAUAGAGUUCCUAAAGAAGUGGCUCAUUGUCAAUCCUCAAAAUGUCAUCCUUCUGGAGGAGGUGACUUGUGCACGGCCUGAAGCUCUCAAACAUCGACAGGUGGUCUCUUUAACUGACAGCGAGCUUGGUCUCAUUAAAUCAGACAAGUUUUCAACAUAGUAAUGGGGUUAAAAAAAAGAUUUUGUUCCAUACCAUUCAUCAUUUCUGCUAAAAUCUUAUGUGGAACAAAAAAUUACCACUGUAUCAAAUCCUGAAAUAAAACUUUACACUUCAUUU